AUGGAACAGCUGGAGCUAGUGUGGAAGUAUGUAAACGAUGAUAUUCUUCUCAAGAAGCUGAGUUGGCAUGAGAUACUGCUGGAUGCACUGACCUGUGAUGAUUUACACAUAAACUUCACUCGGGAAGAGUGGUCUUUGCUGGAUCCAUCUCAGAAGAGACUUUACAAAGAUGUGAUGGUGGAGACCUACAGGAACCUCACUGCUAUAGGAUACAAUUUUGAAGACCAUAAUAUUGAAGAACAUUGUCAAAGUGAUAGAAGACAUGGAAGGUACAUCAUAUGGCGCACUGGGUACAGGCCAUAUGAGCAUAUGGAUAAUGAAAGAAGCAGAGCAUCUCUCUUUUCUAGAACAACUAGAUGA